AAGGGGUAGUAACAAAACAAAACAAAAAAAAAGCAAUAAUUUUUUUUGGUUCCCUGUCCAAAGGGAGAUUGGCAAAUCAUUUCGGUAAACGCAUCCAUCAAUCACAGAAAUUUACUUGUAAUAAAAACAAAUUUCACAAAACUGGAAGAGAAAGAAAAGCGAGAGAAUCUCCUUUGUGUUCAGAUUUUGAAAAUUUAAUUUCUUUUUUCUGGGAGUUUUUCUUUCUGGGCGAUCGAAUCUUGUCCGAAAGAUUGAAACUUUGGAUGAUACAUAUAUAUAUAAAUCGAGAGGUGGGUAAGAAGUGAAUGGCGCAACAAGGGCAGGGAAGCAUGGACCCUGCUGCUCUCGACGACAUCAUUCGUCGUUUGCUUGAUUACAGGAACCCUAAGCCUGGCACGAAGCAGGCUAUGAUGCUCAACGAGUCUGAGAUCCGACUUCUUUGCGUCGUCUCCAAAGAGAUAUUCCUUCAACAGCCCACUCUCCUCGAGCUCGAUGCCCCCGUCAAGAUCUGCGGUGAUAUUCACGGUCAAUACUCAGAUUUACUGAGGCUUUUCGAGUAUGGAGGUUUCCCUCCUGCAGCAAACUACUUAUUCUUAGGAGAUUACGUUGACCGUGGGAAGCAGAGCUUGGAGACUAUUUGUCUCCUUCUUGCCUACAAGAUCAAAUACCCUGAGAACUUUUUCCUCUUAAGAGGAAACCACGAGUGUGCAUCUAUCAACAGAAUCUACGGAUUCUACGACGAAUGCAAACGAAGGUUCAGCGUGAAGCUCUGGAAAGUGUUUACAGAUUCUUUCAACUGUCUCCCUGUGGCUGCUGUCAUAGACGAGAAGAUUCUUUGUAUGCACGGUGGACUUUCACCUGAUUUGACCAGUGUGGAACAGAUCAAGAACAUAGAGCGUCCCGUUGAUGUUCCAGACUCUGGUUUGCUCUGUGACCUUCUUUGGUCUGAUCCUAGUAAAGACGUCAAGGGCUGGGGGAUGAAUGAUCGUGGAGUCUCGUAUACUUUUGGCGCUGACAAAGUCGCUGAGUUUCUUAUAAAAAACGAUAUGGAUUUAGUCUGUCGUGCUCACCAGGUUGUAGAGGAUGGGUAUGAGUUCUUUGCCGAUAGACAGCUUGUGACUAUAUUCUCUGCUCCAAACUACUGUGGUGAAUUUGACAAUGCGGGUGCAAUGAUGAGUGUCGAUGAAAGUUUGAUGUGUUCUUUCCAAAUUCUUAAGCCUGCAGAUCGAAAGCCACGUUUCUUUUAAAGAGAAGAGUCCUUCACAACCAGAGCUAAAACUUGCGGGACAAGAAAAAAGAAGGUGAGACACAAAAGUCUGAAGCUCCCUAGGAGUUCUUUGGAGUUGCAUAAGAAUUAACAUAUGGUUACAUCGUAUUUUACUCGCUCUUUUUGAAUCUUCCCCUUUUUUUGUCUUUCUCGUUAUUUGUUAUCUCACAUGUCUAGAUACGAGUUCCUUCACCAUGUAUAUACAUUACACUCUUAUCACUCUCGAAUUCAAGGAAAGCUUCGAUUAAUGGUUAUUCUUAUAAGUCAUAAUCGUUACAA